UUUUGGACCCCUCCCUCCAUUCCCUAUGGAUUCUGAACCCCUCCCUCCAUUCCCUAUGGAUUUUGGACCCCUCCCUCCAUUCCCUAUGGAUUUCGGACCCCUCCCUCCAUUCCCUAUGGAUCAUUGCCCUCUCUUCCACUCCGGAUCUCCUCUUCGUUCCCUCCAUUCCCGGAAUGCCGAGGUCGCGUCCCUCUCCGGGUCCUUUUCCAGCAGAUCCCGCUGCUCUCAGCCCUUUCGGAGCCAAAUCCUCGCCGGGAAAUCGGCCAAAUCCUUCCCAGGAAAACCGAGAUAAGGACCUUCCUUUGGUUAUAAAAAGGGCCAUUUUGGGGUCAAACUCCGCUUUUUUCCCCCCUUCUUUCCAAUCCAUGGAAAUCACGGAGAGACGCUGAGGUGGGACAACGCCGGGAUGGACGGGACCUGGUGGACCCCCACUUGGCUCCUCCUCAGCUGCGUUUUUCCCUCCUCGGCUUUUCCCGGCACGGAUUUCUUCACCGCUUUCCCUCAGAACGACGCCGUUGGCGCUCAUCCCGACCUCCGCCUCCUCCUCAGCGCUCAUUCCGACGCCACCGCCGUCCAGGUGACCGUUCCCGGCGGUUCCUUCACCGCCACCUUCACCCUCCACCGGGGCCAAACGGAACAUCUGAGCAUUCCCGGCGCUUCCGAAGCCGUUUCCGACCGACCCUCCGCUAAAGUCUUCUCCAUCCAAAGCAACAAAGCCAUCUCGGUGGUGGCCGUCAGCUCCAAGAGGUUCACGGUCGGAGCCACCGCCGUGUUGCCGGUGGAGAUGUUGGGUGACCUCUACUACGUGGUGACGCCGGAAGGUACGGAAGACGAAGGGCUCAAGGAAUUCCUGGUGGUGGCCGGAAAAGCUCCGACCACCGUCUCCAUCGAGGUCAAAGGGAGGAUUUCCUACCGGAGGAGAACGUACUCUACGGGUUCCACCAUCCGUAUCUUCUUGAGCGCUUUCCACAGCGUCCAACUCCAAAGCAAAAGAGACCUUUCUGGCACGAAGGUGACGUCGGAUCACGCCGUGGCGGUCCUCAGCGGCCAUACUUGCGUCAAGAUGGCGGCGGGAUGCGACUACGUGGUGGAGCAGCUCCUGCCCGUGGUGGCGUGGGGGAAAGCCUACGUGGUCCCACCCAUCCCUUGGCAGAAGAAGAAGGACUUCGCUUACGUGGCGGCGGCCGAAAGGACCUCCGUCACCUACAACGUCCACGGGGUGGUGACCACCAAAGAGUUGGAGGAAGGAGAGGUCCUCAAAGUGGAGAUGAGAGGGACUUCGGGGCUCUACGUCAGCUCUUCGGCCGCAAUCCAAGUGGUCUUCUUCUUCACCGGCGCCAAGAAGGGUUCCCAUCGCCACGACCCCUUUCUCCUCACCGUCCCACCCAUCUCCUCCUUCUGCUCCUCUUACGUGGUCAGUAGUCCCAAGGGCUUCGAGAACCACCUGACGGUGGUGGCCCGCGAGGAGGACACCUCCACCAUCACCUUCAACGCCAAGACGGACAGCUCGGUGUCUUGGCAAGUCAUUCCCGGCUCGGGUUUCUCCUGGGCCACCAUCACCGUGAGGAACCCUGAGGAGAUCCAAAGCGUUGAGCACCACGCGGCGCCCAUCGGGGUGUGGGUCUUUGGGUUUCAGUACUAUAUGGGUUACGGCUUCUCCGGCCUUUGCGCCACACCUUCGCGGCCGCUCUCCUGCCAAGACCUGAGCUGCAAAGAGGGCUGUGAGAUGGUGGAUGGACAACCCAAGUGCCUCCAAGAAGCCUUCUCCACCUGCUGGACCAUGGGCGGCUCUCACUACCAGAGCUUUGAUGGUCAACCCUUCCAUUUCAUGGGUUCCUGCACCUACACUUUGGUCAAGAGUUGUCCUUCGGACCCAACCGGGUCCACCACCUUCAACAUCGAGAUCCAAAAUCAGCAUAAGGACAUCUCCAAGACCUCUUCCAUCGCCUCUUUGGUCAUUGAGGUCUACGACGUCACCAUCGCCGCCGUCCGCAACGAGAAUGGCAUCGUGAGGGUCAACCACCUCCGUUCCCACCUCCCCAUCUCCAUCUCCCAAGGGCGAAUCCAACUGGAGCAGAACGGGAGGUUCCUCCAGGUCACCACCGCCUUCCAACUGAAGGUCUUCUACGAUUGGGAGGACCACGCGGUGGUCAAACUUCCCAAGAGGUUCUCCGGGAAAGUCUGCGGUUUGUGCGGCGACGCCAAAGAUGAGACCUUCACCCAUGGUGGUCCCUCCACCCAAGAGGUCCUCAAGUGGGCUCAAAGCUGGAGGACCACCACCCAGAGCUUCGCUUGCGCCGAGAGCUGCGGCGAUGAGUGUAGGCGGUGUCAAGCGGAUGAAGAAGCGGUGGUGGCCUUCCAGGAGAAGACCUGGUGUGGGUUCCUCACUCAACCGUUGGGGCCUUUGAGGAGAUGUCACUCCGCCGUCGAUCCCACCGCGUACGUGAAGAUGUGUCUCUACGAGCUGUGCAUGGCCCACGGCCGCCGCGACGCCCUCUGCCGCGUCCUCCAGGCCUACGCCGACAGCUGCCACCACCACGGCCUCAACGUGGAGCCCUGGAGGACAGCGGCGCAGUGCCCCCUCUCCUGCCCGGAGAAGAGCCACCCGACGCCGUGCGCCACCUCCUGUCCCCCCACCUGCAACUCGGCCGUGUCUUCUCCUUCCUGCUCCUCCUCCCCCUGCCUGGAGAGCUGCCAAUGCCACCACGGUUUGGUCUUCACCGCCAACCGCUGUGUCCCCAAGACCCAAUGCGGUUGCUUCUUUGAAGACCUCCUCCACGGCCCCCACGAGGUCUUCUGGGGUGACACCAACUGCACCAAACGUUGCGCCUGCGAUGGGACCACCCAGAAGGUCACGUGCCACCGGGAUGGUUGUCCACCUGGAGAAGAAUGCCGAGUGGAGAACCACCUUCGUGGUUGUCACCCCAAGAGCUCCGGGAUCUGCUCGGUGGUGGGUUUGACCCACUACGAGACCUUCGAUGGGGAGAAGUUCACCUUCCAGGGCUCGUGUGUCUAUCAGCUGGUGGGGCUGUGCCAGAAGAACCCCCGCCUGGAGGACUUCCAGGUGUUGGUGAAGAACGGUCAACGGGGAGAGGACCUUCUGAGCUCCAUCGCUUUGGUGGUGGUCAAAGUGGACAAUCAAACCAUUGCCAUCGGCCAAGAGGAACCCCACAGAGUGAGGGUCAACGACCGUUUGGUCCAUCUCCCGUUCCACCAGAGGGACGGGAAGGUCUUCAUCUACAGAUCGGGACGAGAAGCGGUGGUAGAAACCACUUUUGGUGUCACCGUCGCUUACGAUUGGAAGAGCGAAGUGACGGUGAUGGUGUCCAACGCCUUCGCCAACGCCCUCUGUGGCCUCUGCGGGAACUUCAACGGAGAUCCGAGCGAUGAGAUGAUGACCAAAAACGGCCAAAGGACCUCCGAUCCGGACCUCUUUGGCCACAGUUGGAAAGUCACCGACAUCCCGGGUUGUGUGGAGAUGACCUCGGUGGAAUGUCCUCUCGCCCCGGCGGUUCCUCAGCAGCAGCAGAAGGUCACCAAGAUGGGUUGUGACCUCAUCCUUCUGGAAGAUGGACCUUUCCGAGGUUGUCACUCUCGCGUUGACGCCAAUGAGUACUUCCAAAGGUGUCUCCGCGACGUUUGUCUCCUCCCGGAUGGAGAAGAUGGGAUGUGUGCCAUCAUCUCCAGUUUCAGCGCCGCCUGUCAGAGCGCCGGAGGGACCGUCCAGAGGUGGAGGAGAGAUGGAUUCUGCGACCUUCCGUGUCCUCCAAACAGCCGUUAUGAGAUCUGCUCCCUCGGCCCCAGCAGAACCUGUGGAGAGGUCCUCACCCCCUCCGAGUCCUCCCGGAGAUGUCGGGAGGGCUGUGAGUGUCUCCAGGGCUUUGCCCUCAGCGGUGACCUCUGCGUUCCCACCUCUCAGUGUGGAUGCGUCCACGGAGGACUCUACUACAAAGCCGAGGAGACCUUUUCUCCCACCGCCGAGGAGAAAUGUCACUGUGGGGCCGGUGGGAACGUCACCUGUGGACCUUCUUGUCCUGGAGGUGGUGGUGAAGAAGAAGAAGGUGAAGGUCAAACCAUCGAUGGGAUCUUCCAAUGUCAUCCGGUCAAAGGCGGGACCUGCGUGGCCACCGGGGACCGCACUUAUGUCUCCUUUGAUGGAGUCAUCUUCAACGUCACGGCCACCUGCUCCUACGUCCUGGCCGAGACCUGCGAGGAGGAGGACAACGAGGAGGAGGAGGAGGUCCAACCCUUCGUGGUCACCAUCCACAAAGAGCCUCGGCAGAAGAAGAAGGUCUCUGGGAUCCGAGAGGUGUCCGUUGAGGUCCAUGGGGUCACCUUCAGCUUGAGGAGAGACAAGAGAGGAGAAGUCAUGGUGGACUCCAUCUCCCACCACCUCCCGUUCCUCCUCAACCACGGAGAGGUCCACGUUCACCGCCACGGUUUGGGUGUCCUCCUCCAAACGGCCUUUGGGCUGAAGGUUCGCUACGACCACGUCCACCGCGUGACGGUCACCGUUCCGCCCCUCUAUGGCCACCGCCUCUGUGGCCUUUGCGGUAACUACAACGGCCGAAAGGAGGACGAUCUUCUCCUCCCUGGUGGCCACCGGGACGCGGUGACCUUCCCCUCCGCCUGGAGAACCCCCGAAGUCCCCUGUGAUGACCACGAGGAGUGCCCCGAGGACAUCUGUCCCGUCUGCACUGAGGAGAAGAAGGUGGUCCUCCACAAUCCCAACUACUGCGGCUUCAUGGUGGCCCCCGAAGGUCCGUUGUCCUCCUGCCACCACCUUGUAGACCCCAACCCGUAUCUCCAAGCUUGUCUCCACGACCUCUGCUUGGCCGAAGGGGACACGCGGGUCCUCUGCCGGAGCAUCCAGAGCUACGUGGACGCUUGCCAAGACGCCGGGGCCACCAUCCAGGCUUGGAGAAGACCUUCUUUCUGUCCCCUUCGUUGUCCGGCCAACAGCUCCUACUCCAUCUGCUCCAACCUCUGCUCCAGGAGCUGUGUUGGCCUUCAGGACUCUUCCAGUUGUCCUCAGGGCUGUGUUGAAGGUUGUCCGUGCGAUGACGGAUACGUCCUGGAGGUCAACGGUUGCGUCCCCGAAGCCGAGUGCGGUUGCUUCACGGAUGGACAAUACUUCCAGCUUCAGGAGGUGGUCCUGAAGGACCAAUGCCACCGACGGUGUCGCUGUGACCUCAGCCGGGAGGUGGUUUGCAACGACCACCGCUGCACCGAAGAUGAGAGCUGCGAAAGCCCCGAGGGGACCAUGAGGUGCAUCAACCAAAAUCCCUGCAAAGCCCUUCGCUGUCGUCCCAAGGAGAGAUGUUUGGUGACGGACGGUCAACCCCGGUGUGUCCCAUCGCUGGUGGCCUCGUGCUGGGCUUGGGGGGACCCUCACUACCACAGCUUCGAUGGCCUCGACUUCGACUUCCACGGCACCUGCGGUUACACCAUGGCCGAGACCUGCGGCCCUGACCCCACCCUGGUGGCCUUCAAGGUGGAGGCCAAGAACGACCUCCUCGGAGGGGUGACGACGGCCUCUUACGUCGCCACCGCCACCGUCGAAGUCUACGGCCACCGUGUCUCCAUCCACCGGAGAGAAGUCGGCAAAGUCCGGGUGAACGGAGUGAGCGCUCUCCUCCCGGUGACUCUGGAAGACGGGAAGGUCCACAUCUUCCAGAGUGGCCUCCACGCGGUGGUGGAGACGGAUUUUGGCCUGAGGGUCACCUACGACUGGAGGUGGCACCUUCUCCUCGACCUCUCCAGCAGUUACUUCAACCAAACCUGUGGCCUCUGCGGGAACUUCAACCUCCGACCCCACGACGAUGUCCCUCACGGAGGCGCCGACCUCGACGCUUUGCUCCCUUGGGUGGAGAAAUGGAAGAACUUCGACGACGAUGACCCCUUCUGUUGGGACCACUGCGAAGGUCACUGUCCUCUCUGCGAGGAGGAGAAGAAAGAGCUUUAUGGUGGUAACCACUACUGUGGGCUCCUCAAGAAGACCUUCCGAGGGCCCUUCGAGGCGUGUCAUGAAGUGGUCAAACCUCGAGACUUCUAUCGCAACUGCCUCUACGACGUUUGCCUCCACCGUGGGGCCAAGAAGAUCUUCUGCCAAGUGCUGGAGACCUACGCCUCCACCUGCCAGAAGAACGGAGUCCUUCUCCAUGACUGGAGGACACCUGCCGGUUGCCCUCUUCCUUGCCCGGAACACAGCCACUACGAUCCCUGUGGCACCGCUUGUCCACCCACCUGCUCCGACCCAGAAGGUCCAUCCAUCUGCUCCCAACCUUGCGUGGAGACCUGUUCGUGCGACCCAGGUUACGUCCUCAGCGGCGGUCGAUGCGUUGAGAAGAUCCGUUGUGGUUGCACCCACGAAGGACGUUACUACCACCCCGGAGAAGCCUUUUGGGCCGACGAAGGAUGUCGGAAGCGCUGUAGAUGCCACCAAGACCUCAAGAUGGUGGUGUGUCACCAGGACACCUGCAAGCCGGGCCAGAAGUGUCACCUGGUGAAGGGCGUCCGCCGUUGCGUCACCACCGGGAGGUCCACCUGUGUGGCCACCGGAGACCCUCAUUACACCACCUUUGAUGGGUUCCGCUACGACUUCAUGGGCACUUGUGUCUACCUCUUGGCCGCCCUCUGCUCUCCACACCCAACGUUGGUCCCCUUCAACGUCACCGCCGAGAACCACCACCGCGGCGGCCGCUCGGUCUCCUACACCAAAGAGGUCACCUUGGCGGUCUACAACAUGACCUUCAGCCUCAGCCAGGAGCACCCCAAGAAGGUCAAGGUCAACGGCAUCCUGGUGGAUUUACCUUUCCACCACGGCGAUCAGGUCCAGGUCCACCUCCAGGGUUUACACGGCUUCAUCAAGACCGACUUUGAGGUCCAGGUGACCUUCGACUGGUGGAGCUACGCCCGCGUCCUCCUCCCCUCCACCUACAACGGCUCCGUCUGUGGCCUCUGCGGGAACGCCAACGGCGAUCCCGGCGAUGACCUCACGUUGCCCGAUGGCCUCUUGGCCAACGAUGAGGUCCACUUCGCCGACUCUUGGAAGACGGACGACGUUCCCGGUUGCGUCUCCGGUUGCGCCGAGAGCUGCCGGAGCUGCUCCGACGAGGAGAAACGGCUCUACCGGGGGGACAAACACUGUGGGCUCCUGGUGAAGAGGAGAGGACCUCUCGCCGCGUGUCACGGCGUCCUCGACCCAACGCCCUUCUUCCACGAUUGCCUCUUCGACGCCUGCGUCUACAAAGGCCACCAAGAAACCGUCUGCGCCGUCAUCGCCGCCUACGUCACCGAGUGCCAGAGCCGAGGGGUCCACCUCAGCCCCUGGAGAACCUCCGCCUUCUGCCCUCUCCUCUGUCCCCCGAACCAACACUACGACCUCUGUGGUCCCUCGUGUCCUCCCACCUGCGCCGGCCAAGCCCGAGAGGACCUCUGUGACCGCUCCACCUCCUGCUCCGAAGGCUGUUUCUGCGACGUCGGCUUCUUGAGGAGCGGCGACCGCUGCGUCCCCUUGGCCCAAUGUGGUUGCCUCCAUGAAGGACGUUACUACCAGAAGGACCAGGAGUUCACCUCCUGCCCUCGGUGCAGCCAACGCUGCGUCUGCCGAAGCGCCGGAGUGGUGGAAUGUCAUCCUUCGUCCUGCGCCCACGGUGAGGUCUGUGAGGUCAAAGAUGGCGUCCGCGGUUGUCACCCGGAGGACUGCGGACGCUGCCAAAUCCUCGCUGGUGGCAUCUACCGCGGCUUCGACGGCCACCGAGGCCGCUUGGAUGGAGAUUGUGUGGCCACGGUGGCCGCCGUCGAAGCUCGAGGGUCUGAAGACCUUCUGGGGUCCUUCGUGGUGGAGGUGGAGAAGAAAGGAGACCUCAUCCAAAGGGUGGUGGUGACCGUCCAGGGGGUGACCAUCGGCAUGGAGAGCGGCGGCCGAUGGGAGGUGACGUUGGACGGCGAACGCCACCUCCUCCCAUUGACGCUGAGCGACGGCGCUUUGACGUUGACUCAAGAGGGCGUCCACCGCGUCCUCCGCACUCCCGGUGGCCUCAAACUCCUCUACGACGGCGCCUCUUUCCUUCUCCUCACUCUUCCCACCACCUUCCGGCGACGCCCGAGAGGACUUUGCGGGAACUUCAACGGCGCUUCUGAAGACGAAACCACUCAAGAGUUGGAGAUGACCCAAACCUUGAGGUGUAACCACACCACCACCACCUCCGUGACCACCGCGUGUCCUCCAAGCGACGAUCCCGGGCGCUGUCGGAUCUUGGUGGACCCAACGGGACCUUUCGUUGGGUGUCAUAAGGUGGUGGACCCCCAGGAUUACGUCUUGGGGUGCGUUCGGGCUCAAUGCGGCGAAGAGGACCACCGGAGCUUCUGUCGGAGCCUUCAAAGCUACGGAGCCGCGUGUCAAGCGGCCGGAGGGGACCUUCGGGAGUGGAGAGAGGUGACCCAGUGCCCGCUCUCCUGCCCGCCCCACAGCCACUAUGAGCUCUGCGGCCACACGUGUGUCCACACCUGUGCCAGUGUCUCCUCUCCCACCCGUUGUCCCUCCAAGUGCUUCGAGGGCUGUCAGUGCGACUCCGGGUUCCUCUUCGAUGGAGACAACUGCGUUGCGGCCACCGCCUGUGGGUGUCUCCACGGCGGACGGUACUUCCAGAUCUCCGCCUCCGUCUUCUCCUCCGACUGUUCCCGGCGGUGCCUCUGCCGAGCGCCCGGAGCUCUUCACUGCCUCCCCUUCCAUUGUCCCUUUGGCCAAACCUGUGGCCUCCAAGAUGGCGUCUUCUCCUGCUUGGACCACCCGGGACGUUGCUCUUUCCUUCCCACCUCCCGCGUCGUCUCCUUCGACGGAGCCACCGCUUCCACCGUGGCCACCGGUGUCUACGUGGUGGCCACCAGGUGCGACGCUGACCCCACCGCUUGGUUUCGCCUCUUGGCCGACGUCGGAGAGGACCACCGCGACCGACCGGUGGUGGUGGCCCUUCACCUCUUCACCCCUCGGACCUUCGUCACCGUCAAGAGGGACAAAAAGCUCUGGGUCAACGGCGUCCAAACCGCUCUCCCCGUGGAGAUCUCCGACGUUUGGACCGUCAACGAGACCGGAGGGACCAUCUGGAUCACCCGAAGCCCUGAGGUGGUGGUGGUGGAGCUCAAUCCCACCGGAGAGGUGACCUUAACGGUGACCAAAGACCUCACGGAGGUCCUCUGUGGCAUCUGCGGAAACUUCGACGGCGACGCCGCCAACGACCUCCGAGGACCCGAUGGCAAAAUGGUGGUGGACAUGGAGGCGGUGGUCAAGGCCUGGAGAGCGCCCGACUUCACCCACUGACGGCGAAGGCGGAGACGGAAGCGGUGACGUCAUCGGACCCCAAAAAAAAAGGGGAUUUUGAGGGGAAAAAAGGGCUUUUUGGGGGUUUUUUUAUUCCUUUUUCUCUCCCCCUCUCAAAACCCCCAAAAACCGCUGUUUUUCACCCAAAAAUAAAGGGGAGAGAAAAGGAGACGCGACGGGAAAUGGGGGGGGAGG